UGUGGGUGUAGACAUGGCGGCCUCCAUGGCAGAAAGUUGUAGGGCGUCUAUGUACCUGGCCUGGAGCUACCGAAUGGCCAGGCCACGGCUUGCUGCUCUCGCGUCUGAUGCCUGCCGCGUCCACACGGGCCCAAGUCGGUUUCAGAGCACCGGGCCAUCCGAGCCCGGUGGGUUCAAGCCGCCGCCAAAACCUGUCAUCGUGGACCGGCGCCGAGCCCCAGAGGAAGAGAGAAGGUUCCUGAGUCCCGAAUUCAUCCCUCCAAGGGGGAGAACAAACCCUCUGAAAUUUCAGAUAGAAAGAAGAGAUAUGCUGGACAGGAGAAAGGUGCUUCCCAUUCCAGAGUUCUAUGUCGGAAGCAUACUGCGCGUCACCACAGCCGACCCCUAUGCCAGUGGGAAAACCAGCCAGUUCCUGGGGAUUUGCAUCAAGCGAUCAGGAAGCGGGCUUGGGGCUACUUUCACCCUCAGGAACACAAUUGAAGGACAAGGUGUGGAGAUUUGCUUUGAACUGUAUAACCCUCGAAUCCAUGAGAUCCAAGUGGUGAAGUUGGAGAAGCGGCUGGAUGACAGCCUGCUGUACUUACGGGACGCCCUCCCCGAGUACAGCACCUUCGAUGUGAAUAUGAAGCCAGUUCCACUUGAGUCCUGCCAGGAAGUGCCUGUGAACACGCUGAAAGUUAAAAUGAAGCCAAAGCCGUGGUCCAAACGCUGGGAACGUCCGAACUUCAACAUUAAAGGGAUCAGAUUUGAUCUUGCUUUAACUGAAGAGCAAAUGAAAGAAGCCCAGAAGUGGAGCAAGCCAUGGCUUGAGUUUGACAUGAUGAGAGAAUAUGACACUUCAAAAAUUGAAGCUGCACUGUGGGAAGAAAUAGAAGCAUCAAAGAGGUCUUGAUCCUGGGACUGGGGAAUGGCCCAAGAGGUGAACGUGCUUGCUGCUCAGGCCGCAUGGCCUGAAUUUGACUCUGGAGCCGAGGGUGGAAGGAGAACACUGACUCCUAAAGUUGCCCUUUGGCUUCUACAUGCACACCCUUGCAUACGUGGACCGCAAUGCCUUUAAUGUAUUGGCUCUAAGGAUUUGGUUUGAAAGCCAUUAAGUUUGCUUUGUUAGAACACAGUGAUUAAAAAUGAGCAUUCGCCCCUUUUCAGUACCUAU